UUUUAGGAUGGGACACAAAACCUCAAAAAACGAGAAAGUGGAAAACCAUGUUGCGUUUCCAACAGCAAAAACGCUCGCCGACCUACCAAACAUUACAAUUACGCACCCGACACCCAUUUACCAACCAGAUACGCCUAAUCCUUUUACUGUUCCACCACCCACACCGCGGGAUACACACAGCUUGAGAUCGUUUAUCGAAGAAACACCAAUAUUACUGGGGUCUAGUGAGCACUCUGGUUCUAGUAGUCCACCUAGAUCAAGCCCACCACCUCCGCCAAGUAUUCCACCGCCGUCUGAUCCGCCUAAAGAUGGAAUAUUCCAUCAUGAAGAUACUAGGAAAAUCUUUGGUUCGUCCGUACUCACAAGAGGUGCCAGUCCGUUGCCCCCAAAACCAGAUGAAUCUCACUACGCUCCUCCAGUUAUAAAACGCCCCAUUUAUUAUGCGAAAGACAAAAUUCAGUUAUUCGAGGCUUUGAACACAAGAGACCGUGACCCGCCUGUAGUUCCAAAAGAGAAAAAAGUUGAAAAGGAAGAGUUAGCAUAUGCAGUGGGUAUUCCACAUGUGAAGUUUGAUUUUGCGAAGCAGGAAAAAAAGGCACCCAAUUUGCAAGAUAAUGCAUCAGUUUCUUCUAUUAAAACAACCGAUGACUACCCAAUCUACAAUGUUCUCAAUGACUACAACUACAGUUCCGGAAAAACAUUUCACAGUGGUGCAUUUCCAAUUGACGCUAAUAGAAAAAAUUUUGGAUUUUGUGGAAGAAGUGGGUCUGGAAAAUCCUCACUGAUUAAUUCUCUGCGAGGCUUGAACAAUGGUGAUCCACAAUCAGCUGGAAGAAGUCAUUGUGACAGAAUGGAGCCAUUUCGGUUUAUUGAAGGAGAGUUUCAACAAAUUGUUCUCUGGGAAAUUCCAUAUCCCAGAACGUUCUCUUCGUCAAGUGUUGUUUUUGACGCCAACAUGGGUUUUGAGAAAUUAUAUGAAAGUCACAAGCUAAAACUAUUCAAACGACUUUUCAUAUUGAUCCCUGACGGCGCCCCUACAGAUGAAGAUAUCACAUUUGCUCGAGUUGCACUGUCUAGACGAACAUCAAUCACCUUUCUCCUAACAAAAAGCGACGAGGACCUUGACGCAGAAAACCGAGAAAACGGGACUAAGCUUGACCAAGCAAUGAAAAGAUCUUAUGAGACUUCAGCGAGAUUAGUAUUUUCUCGUUACCUUCUUUCAAAGGCUCAAAUACUAAAUGACGUGGAACUAUUGUUUGUAAAUGCUCCGACAGCAAGGAAUUUGGUCAGUGGAACUGUUGGAUAUCUUCAUUAUUUGAUGAAUGAAGAACGAUUAUUGGAAUUACUAGAUCUCAAUACUGGAUGCCAUUAUGAAUUAGAAGUAAGGCUUCGAAAAGAAAGAGACAAUACCGAAACCACAAAACCUAUAAAUGGGAAUAUUGAAACAUAUAGAUUAGAAGAGAAGCAAAUACCUCAGGCUCAAGCUUAUGCUGUUAGUCGGCCAACUAUUUUAGCUGAUGCUGGAUUUGAAAUCUCAUUUGGCACUGAUGAUAGGAUAUAUCAAUCCUUGGAGCCGAAAACAAUGAUUCGCAGAGCAGGGAAGACAUGCUUCAACUACGGAUUUAUUGGAGGAAGAGGAGUAGGCAAAUCUUCUCUGAUUGAUGCUAUGAGAGGAAUGUCUUCGAAAAAUCCGUUAUCUGCCACGAAAUUGAAUAAUCGAUCAAAAGCCGGAAGUUGUGAGAGGUUCGAGUUCGAUGAUAAUGUACUCAAGUACAGUGUUACUUUGUAUGAACUUUCGUAUCCGAAGAAAAUCAGUUCCUAUUUCGAGUUUAUCGAUUUGGUCAACGUCGCUUCUUUCACUGCUCUUUUCAUUUUGGUAGAUCAAACACCAAGUGAACAGGAUCUAGCGUUUGCAAAAAUUGCAUACAGACGGAAUACAACGAUAUUAUUUCUAAUUUCAAAAUGCGAUAAAAAGCUAGCAGCCCGAAGCCGAAGUGACGAAAUCCCGGUUUGUGACUUGCUGAAGCAGCGAUAUAUCGACAAGGCUUUGCAAAAGUUUGAUAAUAUAAUGGCAGACAAAGCAGCAGAACUACGGGGAAGAAUCAAUGUAUUCUUUGUGUCUGCACCAGUGUUCAAAGCUCUUCGGAUGGGAGAUCCCAGAGAAAGUCAAUUUGUGCUCCAUGAGCGAGCAAUGUUUGAUUUCCUAAAGUCUCGACGAAUGAUAGCGGAUAUGCUGGACGACCCACCCGGAGAAGGUGUAUACGCUCAAUUAGAUCUAGAUACAGCCGGAGUUCAUUGAUUCAUUGUCUGUGGAGACAACACAAGCUUUAUUAAUAAUAAUAAUAAUAAUUGAAAAUUCAAUUUUUGUCAUACAUAUGUAGUACAUAUAUCUAGUGUCACUUGUACAAUUUAUAAAAAAUGAAAUGAUUUU